AUGGAUGAUAUAAGCUCUCACUACAGUAUUAACAGUGACAUUCUUCCUUCUCUUGGCGCCCAUAGUAAUAGCAAAAUUAUGCUCCGUAGCUACAUCAUUUCCCCUACUAAUCCCCAUUACAAGGCUUGGGAUGCACUUUUGGUGCUUCUUGUUUUCUACACAGCAUGGGCGUCAACUUUUCAGUUUGGAUUUCUAGAAAGACCUCAAGGACUUAUUGCCAUCUUAGAUAACAUAGCUAAUUGCUUUUUUUUUUUCAUUGACAUUGUCCUCACAUUAUUCUUUGUUGCCUAUCUUGAUAAAUCAACUUACACUAUGAUUGAUGACCCAAAGUGCAUCGCUUCGAGAAGAGUCAGUGCCAUGUUUGUGAGAUUGGAGAGAAACAGCAACUUCAGUUACUUUGGGGUUCGAGUACUGAAGCUUAUAUGUGAGCAUCUGGGAUCUCUAUGUAAUGUCUAUCUAUUGGUCCAUUACAACACUUACAACAACUGGCUAUGGGGAUUUGCACGCUGUGGCUACAGAGGAAAUGAUAUUCAACAACUGACUGCAUAUCUUAUUGGAAACAUGACCAACUUAGUUGUCCAUGGAACUAAUAAGACACAGAAAUUUAGGGAUGCUAUUCAAGCUGCCUCAAGCUUUGCACAGAGGAAUAAGCUGCCUGUUCGACUUGAAGAACAGAUGAUAGAUCACUUGACUUUGAUGCACAGAACAGAUUCGGAAGGUCUGCAGCAGCAAGAAACUCUUGAACCACUACCCAAAGCAAUUCGAUCUGCCAUUUCACAUCAUCUAUUCUAUUCACUGGUAGAUAAGGCCUACUUAUUCCAUGGGGUAUCAAAUGACUUACUUUUUCAACUGGUUUCUGAGAUGAAGGCCGAGUAUUUCCCUCCAAAAGAGGAUGUCAUUUUGCAAAAUGAAGCAUCUACAGAUCUCUACAUCCUCGUAACUGGAGCAGUGGAUUUUAUAUCACACAGGAAUGGUAUGGAUCAUGUAGUUGGUGAGUUGAAGGCGGGGGAUGUUUGCAGAGAAGUUGGUAUCCUUUGCUGUAAGCUUCAACUUUUUACAGUUUGA